ACUCAAGGAGCAUCUCUCCACUGGCUGUGGGUUAUUUCACAUCAACAUGUAUAUAAACGCACCCGAAUCGUGCAAUUUCAUGUUUUUAUUUUGCUUUAUAAUAAGGAGUGGUCUGACUUUGAAGAACGAUGCUACGGAGAUUUUCUACUCUCAUGUGGCCAGUCCCGUGCAGGAUGCUCAGAGCAACGCGUCUCUGAAUCGCGCGCGCUCCGGUGGAAGAGGCUUCACAGCGCACGAGAGAGAACGAAUCCCAGUCGGCUGCAGAGAGCUGCGAUCCACAAAGUACAUCUCUGAUGGCCAGUGCACCAGCACAAACCCUGUUAAGGAACUGGUGUGCACAGGACAGUGUCUUCCAGCUCAGAUGCUGCCCAACUGGAUCGGCGGAUAUGGUAGGAAGUUCUGGAACCGCCGAAACAGUCAGGACUGGCGCUGCGUGAACGACAAGACCCGCACCCAGCGGAUUCAGCUCCAGUGUCAGGAUGGCAGCUCCAGGACCUACAAGAUCACAGUGGUGACCUCCUGCAAAUGCAAAAGAUACACGAGGCAGCAUAACGAAUCGGGGGUCAAGUCUGAGGGAUACGCUCAUACCCAGAUAAAAAAGCAAAAGAACAAAGGGGGCACCAGGACGGAAAGCUAAAUGAGUCUGUGCUCGGACUGAGCUAGAUUUUUCCUUUUAAAAGAACUCAGUAUGAACGAGAGAGCUUGUGACGUCAGCUCACAGGAGCACUGAACUUUCUUUGUGCUGCCUUUGAGAGCAAGUGCAGGGCUCUGAGUUCACUGUGAAACCAGAUGUCCACUGCAGUCUUUGGAAAGAAGAGAAAAUAAAGACUAAAUAUCAUCACCAAUAUAAUCUCAAUCAACAUGCAACCAGUAGUGAAGACCUGUCCAUAAUAACGUCAAAGAGACUGACAAUGACAACUGCAUAUUACAUUACAAAUACGUUUUUUGUCGUCACUGCCUGAUGUGUGUGGUAAUCACUUGCUGUAGUAUAUACUGUAAGUCUUUGUGUUCAGCGACAAUAAGAGCAGUUCUCAAACCCGGGAAAUGCAUAGCUACAUGUAAAUUAAAUGUCUGUACAUAUACAUAUGCAAUUGUUUAUGUAAUUGAUUGUUUUGCAGGACCUUUAUGUGUAAUAUUGUGACGUAUAAGCUGAUGUAAUAUAUUUUGCCUUGACUUUGCUCUGACUUUGAAACAUUUUUAGUUUGUGCAAGCAUUAUUCGGACAAGAUAUUGCACUAUAGUGACAAUGCUCAUAUUGGCUAUUAUGGUGUAAAAGCAUUAAAAUUAAAACAUCUAAAAAUGUCUGAGUAUAAUUUACAUCUGCACGAGGUGACAUUUUGAACUCCAAAUGAUGCCUAUUAACUGAACUACAAGGUCCAUUAAAUCAAUAUAUUAA